GUCAUCAUUCAUUGAUAUGUCAAUGUCAAAAAACGCAAUUGUUUUUGGUUUGUGAAUCAAUUUAUUUCGACAAUUCGACACAAAAUAAAUAUUUAAAUCCAUUUUUGUGAUGGCUGGCCAUGACGAUAAUUCCAAAAGUGGGGAGGACUCAAUAGGCAGCCAAAAUAUUCAGCCGACAAAUGAAAUUGACAAUGAAGAAGAAAAUUUAAACGAAGAGUACCACUCUUUAGAUUCUAAACUGGACGAGCUAAACACAGCUUUGGAUUUUUUGGAGCAGAAAACUGAUGAUAUUAAUGAAAAAUUAAAAGAAUUAUUGCAGUCCAAUAUUGAGAUUCGAAAUGAGUUAAGAAAUGAAAAUUUAAAAUCAAAGGGCAAAAAUUAAUUUACCAUUUUGAAAUACCAUUUGCGAAAUUUACUGUAAAGAAAGUUUUGAGAUGAACCUAUGAAUAGUUAAAAGUCAGAACUGGAGGAAUAGAUUUAGUCAAAGCUUAUGAUUAAGAAGUGAAUAUAAACAGAUGAUGAAACAAACAACUUACUAAGUUUAGUUUAUUAAUUUAGUAUAUUAUUUAGUUGUAUCGUGUCAUAUAAUAUAUAAUACUUAUAUAUCUACUAAUAUUUUUUCUAUUACAGAAGAUCAAAUUUUGUACAAUGUAAUUAAAGAACAUAUUAUGUAAUAUUGUAUUAAUUUUUAACUGAUUUAAAACUUUCUUGUUGCACUAUACUAUUUAUAAAUAAAACGGGUAUUAAACGUGCCUGUAACAUACCUUUAUUCAGCGACGUCGCCACGAAUGCUCGUUCUGUGACCACAACAGCCGGGUAAAAUAAAGGUACCUAUGUUAAGUGCGCUUUAAUACCUGUAUUUUUUAUAAAAUGCAUUGGCAAAAUUUUAUUUUUUUACCAGGUUCUUGCUGUAUAUAUUUUAUUAAUUAUACAUUGUUAUUUUCAGUAAUUAAUUCUUGGAUGACAAAAAUAAAAAGUGUUAUUUAAA